AUGCCGAAUAGCACUGCAGCUAACUCAGUUUAUCUCAUUACAAAUGAAGCUUAUGCAUAACUUACUCUAGAUAAAAACGGUUUAAUAAAUGUGGAUGUGUUUAUAUCAACUGCAGAGGAUCAUGAAAUAUUGCUAUCUGAGAAAGAUUAGCAAUACCUCAAGACUAAAAUGAUUCAAAACAAUAGCAAGAUAAUUUAUGAAGAUGUUAUCAAAGAAUUGGCUUUGAUAGUGAUUACAGAGAGGUAAGAGCCAGAUGGAGAAGACUCAUUUUCGUAAAAAGAGAAUCACCAAUAAAGUCAAAAUUUCCAGUGGGUUCUGAGAAGCAACAAUAAAGAUUUAUUGCAAGCUUUAAAAAGCUAGGGCGGAAUGUUUCAAAAUCUAACUAACCUACAUAAAAUAAACAAGAAACCACCUAUGAUGUAGAAAAGACUAUUAAUUUCGAGAAAGUUGUCGAAUCAGAAUUCUGUAAAUAGCAACUCUAAUGAUUCAAUGAUUCAACUGAUAGGCUCAUUUAGUGAUGAGCUAUAAACUGUGAUUAAGAGAAUUAUUGGACAUAAAUAGGCCAAGCCAAGAAACACAGGAAUUGACUGGAAGAAAUAAAUUAGUGCUGCCUCUAAAAAGAUAAAUAUUCACAAAAACAUUUAGACGAAGAUAUUCAUAAAAGCAGCUAUCUCUUAAGAGAGAAUUCAGCAGUAAAAAGAUAAGAUACGAAAAUAUAUGAAAGAUAAUUAAAUUGAUAUAAUGCAUUUGAACGAGAUUAAUAAUGUGUUUCUAGACUGUGACGAGGAUAGACAUGGUUAAAUAUCAAAGCGAAAAUUCUUAAUUCAAAUUGCAGAGCAGAAUCUUCAAUUUCCAGCAGAUUUCUUGUUUAAAUUAAUCUCAGAUUUACAAAUUAAUCCUGAGGACACUAGUGAGGAUGCUGUACUUAACUAUGAAAACUUGAAAAAUAUUAUUGAAAUAUAUAAUAACUGCCCCACCUUCCUUAAGUACGAUAAUCAUCAAUUGUAAUUUAUUGGUUUUAGAGGAGAUAACAAUAACUCGGACAACUUUAAGUAGAACAUGGACUUAAAUAGAGACAUGUCUUAGAGCCAUGAUAGAAUAGACAAACUACUGCAAUAUGUUCAUGCUAGAAUCGAGGAGAAAUUCAAGGAUUUCAGGAAGGCAUUUAGAAGUUUUGAUAAGAAUUUUGAUGGAGGUUUGAAUUUCAAAGAGUUCAUAACAGGAAUGGAUGGUAUCGGAAUAAAACUCAAGCUGACUGACUAUCGAUUAUUGUUUGAUGCAAUUGACUAUGAUCAAGAAGGGGAAAUCGGCUUCAGUAAAUUUUGUCUACUAAACACAGACAGAAGAUCUGACUUAUAACAACUAAAAUAAGAAUACCUAAGAAGUCAAGAGACCAAGAGUGUUAUUUCUAAUAGUAGAAUUGGAGGGAAAUACUAAAAACCCCCAUUGCCAUUCCUGUAGAUAAAGGGAGAACAGGCUACUCAUCAUGAUUCUACAUCUAAAACUCAUCCUCUGUUUGGUGAUGGGAACAUUCCAAAAAAUAAGGACAUGAACAGCUUCACCAAAUCAAUCUAGCAAGGCAAUCAAGUGCAAACCUAUAUGCAGAAAAGAUUCCUACGCUCGGCUUAAAAAGGAGGACUAAAGACUGUGUAAGAUAUGCCAGAGGGUCAUUCUUUUGGCUAAGUGUACAAUAGAGAUCAUGACAUGGUGGCUAUAUUAACUAACUCCUAUUAGGAUGAGCUCAAGCGUUCUACGAUCGAAGAGCUUAGACAAACUUUGGCUUAGAAAAGGAUAUAUAUAUCUAAGCCUACUCAUGCAUAGUAAAUUAGAGACAAACUUACCAGGAAUAAAUAUCUGAAUACACUUGGAAGGCCUGGAUCUGUAUCGAUACCUCGAAGCAGCUCGGACAAUAAAAGAUUGUUUUCGAAAGAUAUAAUGAUGAAGGGGAUGACACCGAGCUCACUGCAAUAAUCAUAGUCCAACAGUUUCAUCAAGAAACUUUGA